AGAAAAAGAAAGAAACACAAGAAAACAAAACAACAACAACAACAACAAAAACACAUACAGCACUGCAUUUGGAACAGAAGACUCAGUGUUACGCUCAGCAAAAGAGAAAUAAGAAAAUAUCCAUGUAGAGAAGAAAUGUUAAGGCUUCUAUUUCUCCAGUACAAGCAUGUGAAGGAGUACUUGGAAAGUGUUGGAGUGUGGAUAAGUAAAUCAUAUGUGGAACGGGGUUUGAAUGAAGGUGACAUUUUGCUAGGAUGUAGGGCUCUCCAAAAUGCAUAAAAUCUUUGUGUAAACUAAGUAAUGGCAGGGUGCCCAAAGCUUUGUAGAAAGAUGUCUUCUUUUUUAGGAAAAAAUACAAAAUUCUGUCAAGAGUAGGAUAUCUUUGAUGUGAAGAUCUGCUAGAUGAAAGGCUGCAACUGGCAUGCAGUGCCAAUUGUCCUCUUGCUUCCUUAGUGUAUUUGGUGCCAACAUCCUUAAAAAGAACAAGGAUUUUAAAAUUCAUGAAGUAUCAAAUUUGAAAAAGGAUUUCCUUUAGAGCUAAGAUUGUUUUUCUCUCCUCCAGACAUGUAGCUAAUGGUAGGACAAAUGAGUCUUUCAGAAAUUACAUGUUUAAUAUCUUUCAGUCUUAUGACAAGUUGUCAAAUAAUUUAACUUUUUUGUAACUAUGGACAAUGUCCCAAUCCCCAUCUACCCUUGGAACAAACAUAUAUCUGCUACAGGUUUAGCUCAGUGGUCCAAGAAGCUCAGUAGUCGUAGAUGGGCACUUGGAAUAUAAGAAUUAAAAUAACUUAUGUGCAUGAUGCUUCCUCCGAAAACUCAGCUAUCCUUCACUCUUUUCAUUUCAGGAAUGAAAAUAUCAGUGAGGGUUGCUUAGUAGCCAGAAAUGGAUUUCUGCCAACUAACAGCUCUGUCUUUCUUUGAACCCUCACAUCCACAGUUGUCUUGUGACAGGGUUGGCCACGUGUUCAUUUCCUGCUGCACAAAGAACCACCUUUUUUUUUGCUUAUUUUGAACCUGGCUUCAUUUGGUGGCCCUUUGUUAUGGAAGAGAGCAGAUAUUCCCCCUCUCCUUAUUUGCCAUAGCCCAUAGACUUUUUGUAGACCUUCCUAUCAAACUUCCACCAUCUAUCUCUUUCCCAGCUUGAAGAGUACUUGACUACUCCCUCACUUGCCUUGACCAUCCCCACUUAGGACCCCCGCACAGAUACCCUCUGCCUGUGGCUCGAGGUCUUGAUUUAAGCAAAGGCUGGGACACUCCCAUGUGCCCUGGGCUGUCAGCUAGGUGAGAAAGGCGGGAGUGAAGUGUUCUAAGAGACGAGAGGAUCUGGGUGACCUCAGAACAGGCAGGCCACUCGCUGACCAGGCACACUCCCACAGUGUCUGAGCAGGAUGAGAAGACAGGAUGAGCUCACGGAUGCUACAACUGUAGGACCAUGCUAACUGACCCCUCUGGAGUUUUCACUUCUCCGUGCUACCCAAGUGAUUAUCCCAACAGCCAAGCUUGCAAAUGGAUCAUCCGAGCGCCUCAUGGAUUCAUCAUACAGCUAACAUUUACUGAUUUUGACAUUGAAGAAGCUCCAGGCUGCAUUUAUGAUUCACUGACACUGGACAAUGGAGAGAGCCCAAUGAACCUUUGUGGCAUCACUGCCAAGGGAUUAUCAUAUAAUUCUACCGGAAAUGAAAUGAUUGUGUCUUUUAAAAGUGACUUCAGUAUCCAAAAGAAAGGUUUUAAUGCCAGCUAUGUACGAAUUGCCGUGUCUCUGCGGAAUCAGAAGGUCAUCAUUCCCCAAGAUCCCGACGUUGAUGCUGUAUCCAUAGCAGAAACAGUCUUGGUUCCAGAGCUCAGCCAGUUCACACUAUGCUUUGAAGCAACCAAGAGCAGCAAUGAUGACAAUGAUGACUGGCAGAUCUUCUCCUACACUGAUGCAUCAUCAAAAGAGUUCUUCAGCUUCGGGAAGACCACAAAGGGCCAUUUUCUGUCCAUUUCAGACACACAGUGCAUACUUGACAAUGCAUUGCCUCAAAAUGUGGAGUUAUUCACGGGAACAUUUGAACAGCUUUGUGUCAUAGGGGAUAGUUUCUCGGGCACUAUAGGUGUAUAUGCCAAAAGUAUCUAUCAUAAUACGUACUGUCCAGAUAUGUUUGGCAAAGUUAUCCCUGGAAAUGGGAGGCUUGUGCUGGGCUCUAACAGCAAUGAAGUGAGUUCUCUAAAUGGGGACAUUUACAACUUCCGCCUCUGGAAUUUCACCAUGAAUGCUCAAACACUGGCCAACCUCAGCUGCGAUGUGAAAGGAAACAUUGUAGACUGGGAAAAUGAAUUCUGGAGUAUUCCAACUUCAGCACUGAAAGCAGAAAACAAUUUGAGUUGUGGCUCAUACUUAAUUCCUUCUUCUGCAAUUGAACCAACAAGUUGUGCAAACCUAGGAAGCCUUUGUCAAGCUACUGUAAAUGCUACUACUCCUACACCACCCACUGUCACCACUAACAUGCCUGAUACUAAUAGAACCGAUAAGCCAAACAAUGACUUGCAGGAAAUCAGACUUCCUGCUACGAUUAUCUUCAGAAUGAAGAGAAAUUCACCUGAAACCUCCCAUUCACAACCACAAAGGCAGCAAGAGUCUAGGAUAGAAGGGGUCAAAACCAUAGGAAUUAUCUCAACCCCAAUUAUUUGGCCAGUGAAACAAAGGCCUCCCCGUUUCAGUGAAAGCUCAGCAGAUGAGAAUCUGGAGAAAAAAAACACAUACAGCUUAUUUCAUCCAACUGUGUCCAUAUCAUCUGCCUCUGAGGAGACUAGCAACGGUACCUUGGCUGCUUUUACAGAAAAUACUGUGAUGAAUCAGUUACCAAAUGAAAAUAUUCUGAAUGAUUCUAGAGUUUCAUCUGAUGGCACUUCUGAUGCAGCAGAUGAUGUUGCAGAUCAUUUUGUGAAUGCAGCAGUUCCUCUUCUUCAAAACAGAAGUCUUACUGCAGAGGAAGCACGGGAUCUGGCAGAUGGGCUGCGUUACGCUGACUCUGAGUCAGCAUUCCGUCUUCCCAUUAGCAGAAGCACUGCUUAUGAACGCAGAGAAGAAGCCCUGUGGAUUUCAUCCUCCAACAACGACACACCCAAUUUCAUGCAUAUAAAUGAUGUCUUGAAGCCUGACAGUUGGAAUGAGACUGUAUUUCAUCAUCAUAUCACCUCUGACAUUAAAGAAGAGAAAUAUCAUUCUCUUUCUAGCUUAUCUAUAUCACCAAUGAAAGAGAAGCUAUUAUUGCAAAAAAGUAGACUCGAUUUGCUAGAUUUUGCACUUCAAAAUGUUUACCCAGAAAUGAUAGAAGGCAACACUAAUAGGAAAUAUUUUUCCAUGUUAGCAGAAAACAGUGAAUUUCAAUUUACAUCUAUGCACAUUAAGGAGCAUUACUUCGGAGACAUUACAAAAUUAAUCUUUGUGGACACACCAGAUGCAAACCCAACAACUUUUUUUAACAUCAAGAAAAAAACUUAUACAGAAAUUAUGCCUGACAGCCAACUGACAAUUUCUGUGACAGAGAACAGCAGAGAACAACUAAUGUCAGCACUUCCAGUAGGAACAAGCUGGACUAACUCAGCAUUUAUGCAUGUUGUAGCAACGCUGCCUGUUUAUCAGCAAUCAUUGAUGGACGUGUCUUUGGAAAGUGACAGCACAUUUAUGUCUAAUACUGAUUACUGGUCUAAUUAUUUAAAACAUUCAGCACAUAUUCAAAAGAAGCCAAGUGAGACCCUCAGAAAGGUGGUACUGGAAAACAACUUAGAUGCAUCCCAUAGUAAAAGUGAAGAGUCAGGUUUUUCUAUAUUAGAGCCUGAGAAUAUUAACGGAGUUGACAUCUCCUGGCAGCCAGAUUACUUAGAUUUUCCAACAAAAUAUUUAGAUAUUUCCCCUUCUUUGACAUCAGGUUUCUGGACUGCUUCCUAUCAUUUGAAAGCGUUUUCUGGGGAGUCAUCAAAAAAUUGGUUAGCUUCAUUCAGUAAAUUGCUUUUUAACCCAACAGAAGGGUUGCCAUCCAUUAGCUCACCUGCUAAGACUGACAGUAUCUCUGAGCAGACUUCUACAAUUAGAUCGUCAGAUCACAGAGCUGAAGAAGUGAACUUCUCUAGCCAUGCAGCAGCUUCAGAAAGACAAAUCUUCAGUUUAUUUAAUCCAGGCUUUUCAAGGAGAAUUUCAGAAAGCAAUGACAAGACAAAAUCACAGUUGCAGUCAACAAUGAACUUCUCAAAUCUAACCAUAUCUUCCAAUGAUGAGUUAUAUUUUGAUUUUCUUUUCCCUUCUCUUGAAGCACCUUUGCAUCGACACUCUGUACAGAUAAGUCCCUUUGAUAAGGCGGUUGCAAACUCUAUGGAAAAAUUAAUGCUUUAUCAUAGUUUACAUAUGCAGGGUGGAACUGAUGUAGAAAGUGGCAGAACCAAUGUGACCAUCCUAAACAAUAGACAGCAGCUUGUUUCUGCCCUUACAACACAUUCAGGAAUCCAGCCUUCAUGUUCAAAGGAUAGCCAAACUGUUCGCUUGGUCAAUACACUAGUUAAUCAUUUGGUAAACAGCACAAGAACACAUGGACUUUUGCAGUUUGAAAGUGUUUUGGAGACUGAUGCUGUAACAAAUAUUGUUGAUAAUGCAAGAAGUGAAGUUCAAAUAGAUGCAGGGCUUUUUAUAAAAAAUAAUUAUUCAAUGAGUUCUGACUUAUUUAUAACUACAUCGUCUUUGGAAUUGAGGCAGCCUCUUCAUUCUGACUCAAAAUUCAGAGACACUGUACCUCCCAGCAGCUACUCCACACCUCCACUCCCCCUAAGUCUUCAAAACAACCUUGAUACAAUUUCUCCAAGCCUGACCCCUGGGUGGGAUGUAGUGGAAUUAAGCUUGCCAACAACAGAAAGAGCAAGAAGUCUUCUAACAGUCUUAGGUGGAAAAAACUCCAUCAAAAAUCAAGAGGACAUUAUUAAAUACUCUCUAAGGGCAGUAGAACAAGAAAUUAUUGGUGAUAAUAAAGAAAAAAGGAAUCCUGCUGUUCUGACAUCAACUAACAGAUCGAGGCUUUCAGAUCAGGAUUCAGGAGAGGUAUACGAAUCCUUCAGCAAGCACGGAAAAGGAAUGUCUUCUCUGAAUAUUGUUAGCACUCAUGUCUCAGAUUUUGAAAAUGCUGAUUAUGGAUCCUUCUCUUCCCUUCUGGUAUCAUCAAGAACUGAAAUAAUUAAUGAUGUGAUACAUUUGCCAUCUUCAUACAGUGGAACUACUAUUCAGCACAAAGAGACCAUACUGAACCACUCUUUAAUGACACCUGGAGCAGCAAUCCAUGACUCUUACAUGCAUUCCCAAAUGCAAGUUUCUCCUGCAAUGUACUAUCAAUCAUCAGUUUUGUCACAUGUUCAUUCCUUAACUAAUUUAUCGUCUGGGACAAGCUAUAAUACCACCCUUUACCCACCACUGAAUCAACUUACUAGCUCUCCCAUAGUCCUUUUAUCUUGUACCUUCACUGAGUUGGGCUCCCUGUGCCGACCAGAGGUCAACUACAGUAUGUCAAGCUAUUAAGUUAGAUGUAGAAAAAAAAAAACAAAUCAUCUUAUCUAUUAUUCAGUUGGUAGACUGAACAUAGAAGUAGCUAAACUUCAUUCUUUAGAUAUAGAUUCAUUUAACAUAUAAAAAUAUUUUAGAAUAGUAUUUUAAUUGCAGUAGAAGGGAAUUUGUAACAUCUUGGUGAUAGUAAAUGUCAUUAACAUGUAAUUUCUAAUUUUUGUGUCCUUCUCUAAAUCAACUCUCAUGAGACUGUGAGAAUAGUUUGAAAAUAGAGAUUGAAUUGCUAUGUAUUUUAUGCAUUUUUAUGCCACUUCAUUAUUUGAAAUGUUAUGAAUGUCUUUCACUUACAAUAUUCAUAAAUUCUUAAGGUUUUUAAUUUCCUAAAGAAAAUAUUUUACAGAAAAAACUAACAGAAAUGAAACUUGUGGUAUUUCAUUGAUGAUUAUAUUGUUUGUAGCUGGGGUUGGGCGUGGGUGAACUGUUUUUCCAGCUUCUUUUUUCCUCUUUUUUUUUUCAAAUUAUCUUUGGCUACUUUUCAUCAAUUUUCUGCCCAUAAAAAUGUUUUUUUUUUUCAUUUAGUAUUUUGAGAUGGGAUUUCCACUGUUUAAUUUGGAGUGAGAAAUUAUUUUUAAUUUUCACUAUCUGUGACUGCAGUCUCCUGAGAGUGUUUUAAAAUGUAGAUUAGUUCUUUGUUGUUUAUUUUUUUCGCUUCAUGCUUUUGUUCACCAUCUGGUGGAGAUCUUGAAGCUGUUGAUUAUUGUUUGUAGAUACUAAGUUUGAUUUUAAAAGUACUUUGCAUAUUCCUAUAUUAAGGUGAUUUUGUCCACAUAUAUAAUUAUUCAAAUGAGAUUAUAAUUAUAUAUAUGGGUAUAUGUGAAUUUACAAGGAUAUACAUAUUGCACAUUUUCUAUGUAUGUGUAUCUACACAGCACAUACAGGAGGUACAUUUUAUAUAUAAAAUUAAAUAUAUGUAUAUACAAAGAUAUAUACAUAUAAAUGGGAUUCUGCCUUAAUUUGAAGUGUUUUCAAUUUGCUGAAGGUCUAAAAUCAAGAUUUAUUUUUUUCUUUUUUUAGUUGAAACAAUCACAGUACUAAUAACAAGCAUUUUCAUAAGAAAGUACACACUAAAGUUGAAUGUUUGUUGAUUUAAGGGAGGGAAAAAAAGUCAACCAAUCAAAAAGCAAGCAAAUUCAUAUCACUUACCAAAGAAGGUAACUGGCAAACCAUCUUCCUGUAAGACAGUGAUUAUUUACCACUUUAUCUCAAGGGAAUUUUCAUAUUUAUCUCACUGAAAAUAUGAUCAAUUCCAUUAUGAAGAGAAAGAACAAUACCCAAGGUAGCUCAUGGAUAGAAUAGCAACAAAUAUGUACAAUUAAACUGGAAAAUAGUAAGAUACUUCAGAUAAUUUUAUUUUAAGCUCUUGUAAAAUGAUUAUCUAUGAAGCUGUAAAAUUAUGAGAUUUUCUCCGUGUGUAUAAAACUACAAUAAAAGUUCUUUUUUUUAUUAUUAUUUAGACAUAGAAAAAGCAUUUCCUUUCCAGACAAGAGAUAGUAAGGGAUUUCACUGUAAUUGUCCUCAGGUCCUGGUCUGUCCUGUAUAGUGACUCUGUAAUAGUUGUGUAAGAUUUCUCUAAAAACAUGUGUCUGUGAUCAAGAGCCACAACCUCAUUUGGUAACAGCCCUAAAUAGUAAUAGUAAAUAAUGUCACAUGGGCAUACGCAUGUGACUGAAUUGAUGUAGAAGUUCUCCUCCUCCCACAUACAUUCUGGGACAUUUUCUCCAUCAAAAGUGGAUAGAAUUUUUAGUAGCUUAAUGAUAAUUUUUUUUACCAUAUGUAAAGUAAAAAUGAUAUUUAUUAGAUUAGAUUUUUGUGACAAAAUGUUGUCUACCAGCUCCUGAGCUUAAAGAGAAUUUAUUUUUACCUGGUGUCAGUUUAAAACAACUUUAAUGAAUAUGAGAUUUCUCUAAGCCAAGUGUUGCACAUUUUCAGGUUGAAAGAUGGUUUGUUCAGCUGCCAGUUUUACAAAGCUGACAUGAGUUCUACUGUCUGGCCAUUACCAGACCUGAGAGCAAAAGAUGUGCUGAGAAAAUAAAAAUUGGAGUGCUUCUCUCUCCUGAUUCUGUUCCCAGUGAUCUUGUGACCUUUAACUGAUGAGCUUUGUCUGCUCUCAUAAUGUUUUUUGUCAAAUUUGCAAUGAUUGUUUCUGGAUUAUAACAGUAUGACUGAGCACAGGAAUUUUCCAUGUUACAAAUUUCAGUAAUUCUGUUUAUUUUAGAAUUCCUGAUACUUCCAUGAUCUUGCUGCAAUAAAGGCAUAUGCAGAAUACUAUU